UGGCGUAGUGUUGCUCAUUUGUUUACGAAAUGGGGUCCUGAGCCGUGCGGGCUGCGAAACUUGGUGGGCGGGAGGAGUAAGGAAGAGGGCGGCGAAAUUUAUUGCGCGGGAACGCGAAGACGCUCUCCCCCCCCCCGCCUUUUUCUUGAGUUUGGUGCCGGAGCUUUUCUAGGAGAAGAGCUAUGAAGCCCCCAUCGAGGCUGCGAUCGGCGCCCGCCCGCUUCCGCCUGGACCCCGCAAUCCGGGUUUGGACGGAUCGAGAAAAGCGGCGUCUUCUCCAGGCUUUGCGAGCUCAAGCCCAGACUGCGGGCCCGCUGCGACCGGGACAGCUGAAGAAAUACUUGCCUUCCAGAAAUGAAGAUGAAAUCUUAGCAUUUGUAGACCUGCUGAAAGAACGUGUGGCAAGGGAAGCAGUCAAGGCACGGUAUCGAUAUCGCCAGUGCAAAGAGAAGCAUGCCCCAGUUCCAGCACCUAUAGAGGUAUGGAUUCGUUUAGCUAAGAAGUUAACGGGUUGCCUUGAGGAUGCAGUAACAGCUGCUUUUUCCCAGGUUUUAACAAUUGCAUCUGCAGAGCCACUCUCUUUGCUUCAUUCUGUGCCACCAAAGCCUGUAGAAGUAAAUACUACUCAAUGCAUGGCCCCAGCUGUUCCUAGCAAGAAUAUGAAAUCCAAUAAAGAAUCUGAAGAAGCAACUACAUCAUCAGAUGUAGAACAGUUCACCCCUGCAGAAAAUGGUGAAUUUCAUGUGGACUUUGAAAAGAUAUACAAGUAUCUUUCAGUCAUCUCACGGGGAUCUAAAGCACCAGAACUACCACCUGGUGAGUCAGCUGUUCUACUAGAUCUGCUUUUGUCAUUACCAGAAGAACUGAGCCAACUGGAUUAUAAGAAACUUAAGGGGCACAUGUACAAAUGCUAUAUUGAUUUAAGUGCACACUAUAAGAAUGAAAAAAGUACAAGUAAAGCAAAGAUCAGCCCACUUGCAAACAAUAAGGAAGAUCUUCCUGAAACAUUUUAUAACGUGCCAUCAGCCAGAAAUAACUUUUUACAAGAGCAAGAGGAUACUAGCUCUGGUGCUUCUUCUACAAGUGGCACAGCAUCAACAUCUUCCACGGAUUGGAAGACGCUGGGUAUUUGCCCACUUAAUUCAUUUUGGUUUCCUUUGGAUAUUCUAGCACAAAAAAAAGAGAUUUUGGAGUGAAGACUUUUUGUUAUGUCAUGAAUGUUGUGUCUUGGUAUCUAUAAGAGUGGAAAAACAACUGUCAUAUUUUGGCCAAGCAUGGUCCCUUAAUUUGUUUCAGUAUUUAACACUUGGCUUAUGAAUAUGUCUACUUUGUAUUUUUAAAUUAAUGAUAUAUGUGACUAGAAUUUUUCUUCCAAAAAUCCCGAAGUUUACUGCUUAUUCCUGGGAAAUCAGUCUCAUCUUAGAAAGUUUGUGCUUACAUAAUUAAUGUUCUGAGUAUGCAUGUCUGUUGUCAGGAUAUGGAUUAUUCCAGAUGUAUCAAAUGCAAUCAAUAUUAUUAAAGUAUUUCUGCAGUAUAA